AUGGCGCAACUUGACACGCUGGACAUGAUUGUCCUGGCCGCCAUUCUGGUCGGCACACUUGCCUACUUUACCAAAGGCACCUACUGGGGCGUCACAAAGGACCCGUAUGCCUCCUCAUAUGCCGCCGCAAACGGCAGCAAGGCCGGCAAGACGAGGAACAUCGUGGAGAAGAUGGAGGAGUCCAACAAGAAUUGUGUGGUUUUCUACGGGUCCCAGACUGGAACCGCGGAGGACUAUGCAUCCCGUUUGGCAAAGGAGGGCAAGAGCCGAUUCGGCCUGGAGACCAUGGUGGCAGACUUGGAGGACUACGAUUACGAGAACCUCGACACCUUCCCCGAAGGCCACGUCGCCAUGUUCGUCCUGGCAACCUAUGGCGAGGGCGAGCCCACCGAUAACGCCGUCGACUUCAACGAAUUCAUAACCGGCGAGGGCCCCUCCUUCACCAACGACGCCGAUCCCCCACUCGGGAAUUUGAAGUUCGUCGCCUUCGGCCUAGGAAACAAUACCUAUGAGCACUACAACUCCAUGGUCCGGAAUGUCACCGCGGCACUGGAGAAGCUGGGCGCUCAGAGAAUCGGCGCCGCCGGAGAGGGAGAUGAUGGCGCGGGCACCAUGGAGGAAGAUUUCCUGGCCUGGAAGGACCCAAUGUGGACUGAGUUGCAAGAGAAGAUGGGUCUCGAGGAGCGCGAGGCGGUUUAUGAGCCGGUAUUCGCUAUCACCGAGAGAGAAAACUUGACCAAGGACUCCCCAGAGGUCUAUCUCGGAGAGCCCAACAAGAUGCACCUCGAAGGCACCGCAAGGGGUCCUUUUAAUGCCCACAACCCAUACAUUGCCCCUAUCGCCGAAUCUCGCGAACUCUUCACAGACAAGGCCCGAAAUUGCCUGCACAUGGAAAUCGAUAUCAGCGGGUCGAAUCUCAGUUAUCAGACUGGAGACCACAUUGCGAUCUGGCCGACAAACUCAGGAAAGGAGACUGAUAGGUUCCUCAACGUUACUGGCCUUCUCUCCAAGAGAGAUGAGGUUAUCAGUGUCAAGGCUCUAGACGCAACCGCAAAGGUCCCAUUCCCAACCCCCACCACAUAUGAUGCUGUUGUCAGAUAUCACAUGGAGAUUUGCGCCCCCGUCUCUCGUCAAUUCAUCGCCACCUUGGCUCCAUUCGCUCCAACCGAAGCAGCAAAAGCCGAGAUGGCUAAGCUGGGAAGUGAUAAGGAUUAUUUCCAUGAGAAGAUCAGCAAUAAUUAUCUCAACAUCGCCCAGGCGCUUCAGGAGGUUGGAGGUGAUGAGAAGUGGACAGCCAUUCCAUUUUCUGCUUUUAUCGAGGGCGUCAACAAAGUCCAACCGCGAUACUACUCGAUUUCGUCUUCAUCGCUUGUGCAGAAGGACAAGAUCUCAGUUACCGCCAUUGUGGAAUCGAUAGAUCUUAAAGACCGGGAGUCUCUUAAGGGUGUAACAACAAAUUACUUACUAGCUCUGAAGCAAUGCCAACAUGGUGACUCCAGCCCAGAUCCUCAUGGCCUAACGUACAAUAUCACUGGGCCUCGGAAUAAGUACGAUGGCGUCCACGUGCCGGUCCACGUCCGUCAUUCAAAUUUCAAGCUUCCUUCAGAUCCAUCCAAACCAGUCAUUAUGGUUGGGCCUGGUACAGGAGUUGCACCUUUCCGAGCGUUCGUCCAAGAGAGAGCCCAGCAGAUGAAAUCAGGACAGCCCGUAGGACGAACAUUACUAUUCUUCGGCUGCCGGAAACAGACAGAAGAUUUCUUAUAUUCCAACGAAUGGAAGGGAUACAAAGAAAUCCUCGGUGACAAAUUCGAUCUCAUCACGGCAUUUUCCCGCGAAGGUGAAACGAAAGUAUACGUCCAACACCGGUUACAAGAGCGCGCCAAAGAAGUCAACCAGCUGUUGGAGCAGAAGGCUUACUUCUACGUUUGCGGCGAUGCUGCGAACAUGGCGCGGGAGGUUAACACCAUCCUGGGCAAGAUUAUUUCUGAACAGCGUAGUAUCCCUGAGGCGAAGGCUGAGGAGAUCGUUAAGGGGAUGCGUUCCGCAAACCAAUACCAAGAGGAUGUAUGGUCAUGA